AUGCUUCUGCUCGACUACCAGAACGUUCUCAUCCAGACGGUGCUGACAGAGAGAUUCUCUGGGGCACCGCCUGCACACAUUGACCAGACCGUGUCCGACUUUGACGGUGUGCUGUUCCACAUCUCCACGCCCGAGUCCAAGUCGAAAAUUCAAAUCUCCAUUCUCCUGCGAUGCUAUGACGACCUGGUCAAGUAUGGCGCCAAGGAGGUGCUGGAGCGCGAGUACGGCCCGCACAUUGUGGAGCCCGAGCCCGGCUUCCAGUUUUCCAUCGUUGUCGACCUCGACCAGCUUCCGGCCGAGCCGGAGGCCCGCACGGCCCUGGUCGACAAGAUCGCCCUGCUCAAGCGCAACAUGAUGGCCGCCCCGUUCGAGGCCGCCUUCGCCGAGUACUACAAGCUCAAGGAAGAGGCGUCCAAGUACACGUCCGAAGAGGCGCCGCAGGGCAUCCGCGAGGGUGGUGAGGUCAUGGCCGUCCACUACCGCGAGGAGGAGGCCAUCUACGUCAAGGCGAGCCACGACCGCGUCACCGUUAUCUUCAGCACCGUCUUCCGCGAGGAGACCGACCGCGUCUACGGAAAGGUCUUUAUCCAGGAGUUUGUCGAUGCCCGGAGGCGCGCCAUCCAGAACGCCCCUCAGGUGCUCUUCCGCAACGACCCCCCCCUGGAGCUGCAGGGCGUGCCGGGCGUGAGCACCACCGACACCGGCGAGAUCGGCUAUGUCACCUUUGUCCUCUUCCCGCGCCAUCUCACGCCGCAGCGGAUGCCCGAUGUGAUCUCGCACAUCCAGACCUUCCGCGACUACUUCCACUACCACAUCAAGGCAUCCAAGGCGUACAUCCACUCGCGCAUGCGGAAGCGCACCGCGGACUUCCUGCAAGUUCUGCGGAGAGCCCGGCCAGACAACAACGAGGAGAAGGAACGCAAGACAGCAAGCGGGCGUACAUUCAAGGCUCAAUGA